AUGAUUGGAGGAGCAGAGGAAUGGGAAGUCAAAGAGAUUGUGAAAGAACAAAAUGUCGGCCAAGGGAAACAAUACUUGGUUAAAUGGAAGGGAUGGCCACAUAGUGAGAACACCUGGGAACCAUCAUGUCACCUUACCUACGUGAAGAGAGUCCUGAAGGCUUGGCAGAGGAAACAAUCCAACCCAGACACACGCAUUCACCUCCUGCCAAUGCUCAAAGCCGGACACUGGGACUAUCUCAUCCAUCACUACAAACCCAAAGACGAGUGCCUCCCAUAUCCCCAACGACAACUCUUCGACCUGUAUGACAAUGCCUUUACACCCAUUGGCCCAGUCAAUGAGGAUAUUGACCCUAGAGAGGGGGUAAUGUCAUAA